AUGAAGUACCCUUUAAGCAAGUUUCGGUUGACCAAAGAAAAUAGUCCAACGAUGCAGAGAAGAGGAGGUUUUGACAUGUUUCUGAAGGGGCUAAUAUGCAUUGCAAUUGUUCCUCUAUUAACCACAGUCUGCAUUGGAGGUGAGUUAAAUGAAUCGAAAUCUUUCUUUAGCUUCAUUAGAUCAGUUGAUCCCCAAAAUAAGCUAGGUACUCAAUGGAAUGAAUUAUCACAAAAUCCUUGCUUGUAUAAGUUUGAAGGUGUAAAGUGUAAUCUGCAGGCUACCUCCAUACUAGAAAUAAGGCUUGAAAAUCUGAAUCUUAGUGGGGUAAUAGAUGCAGAUGCCCUCUGCAAGCUCCAAAACCUUCAAGUUCUUAGCUUAGCGAGAAAUCUUAUACAUGGAACAAUACCAAGAUCGAUAUCAUCCUGCACAAGGCUUAGGUAUCUAAACCUAAGCAGCAAUUCUUUAAGUGGGAGAGUUCCUUGGACUCUAACCAAGUUAAAAUAUCUCAAAAGCUUGGACAUCUCUAACAAUCAUUUGACUCCCAUCAGUCCACAUAUCAAACACGAAUUCAAGCAUGUUUAUACGUAUUCCAAGGAACCAAUUGCACUAAAAAGAGAUAGUCAUUUAAACACAACAGGACAGGUUCAUGAACAACCUGCAGCAAACCCAAAUGACUCUAGUGAUUCAAACAACCUAUUGUCCACUAUACUGCCCAUAUUUCUUAGCAUUGGCUUCCUCUUCGUGUUCUUAUACUAUAUGAGAAGGAGGGAUGAUAGAAAGAAGAAAGAGAAGGAGAUGCUAACGGCUCUCAAAGAAUCGCCUCUCAAACUUCCUUCUGUUAAUGCUAUAGAGGAAGUGAAGCCGGAGGAUAAACACCAAGAGCUUGUGUUCUUUGUUGAAGACCAUGAAAGCUUUACACUAGAUGAUCUCCUAGAAGCCUCAGCUGAUUUACAAAACCAGAGCCUAUGCAGCAACCUUUACAAGGUAAUACUUAAGAACAAUACAACUUAUGCUGUCAAAAGAUUGAAGAAAUUGCAGGUGUCUUUUGAAGAGUUUGGCCAAACAAUGAGGCAGAUAGGGAACUUGAAGCAUCGAAAUAUCCUACCCCUUGUUGGCUACAAUUGUACUGAAGAAGAAAAGCUUCUGUUCUACAAGUAUCAGAACAAUGGGAGCCUCUUAAACUUUUUACAAGAAUACAUUGAGGGUAAAAGAGACUUUCCAUGGAGACUUAGACUGACUAUAGCAAGUGGAAUUGCUAGGGGUUUGGCAUUCAUAUAUCAGAGUUCCAAGGAUGAGGAGAGCAUUCCUCAUGGAAAUCUAAAGCUCUCAAAUAUAUUGUUGGGUGAAAACAUGGAACCAUUAAUAAGUGAAUAUGGGAUUUCAAGGCUUUUAGACCCCAAAAAGAAUUGCCUCUUCGCCUUCAAUGGUUAUAUUGCACCUGAGAAAUGUUUAUCAGAACAAGGCGAUGUUUUCAGCUUCGGAGUUAUCCUAUUGGAGUUACUAACUGGCAAAACUGUGGAAAAAACAGGAGUAGACCUUCCUAAGUGGGUCAGGUCAAUGGUGAGGGAAGAAUGGACUGGAGAGGUCUUUGACAAGGAGGUCACCAAAACUGCAUUGCAGUGGGCAUUUCCUUUGCUAAAUGUUGCUCUUAAAUGUGUAUCUCAUUCACCACAAGAUAGACCAACUGCAUCAGAAGUCUUAGAGAAGAUAGAUGAGGCUUUGUUUGCACACGAGGAUCGUUCAGUUUCUUCUAUGUCUUCUUGGGAAUCAGGCCACCCGGAAUGCUGUAUACUUCACAGUGUCAUACCUGAGACUUGGGACACUCCAGGAUCAAAUUAUUAGUGGCUACUUCAAUAUGUUUCGUAUUCCCUUUUCCCUUCAGCACCAGAAAUUCAGUACCGUUCGUUUGUUUAGCAGAUAGGACUUCCAUGUUAAGUUCAAUAAGACAUCCAUCUGGGCCUUUUUACAGGG